AUGGAAGAAGCGAAUAUUCAUAAUGGAGUUGCCCUUCGAGACAUAAAGUAUGGUGACGAGAUUGUCAUGUGUAUUACCAAAGAUCCUCUUACACUUGCACCGACGCCUGUGCUGGACUCCGAUUCUAUGAUCCCCGGUGGUGAACAAGAUCAAAUGAAGCUGGUGAGAUUAGAAGCGAAGGGCGAGGAGUGA